CACCAACCUUGCAUUCGCUGAACGUUCAAGAUGGUGGAAGGGCGCCUGAACACACUCUGGAUACUGCUGGUGAUUUUCCACCUUGGUUGUGCUGAGGUCAAGAAUGAAAAGAAGGAUAUUCCAAACUACAGACUGAACACGAGGGAACGAGAUAAGAAUGGCGAGCUGAUGGUUCUUUCUAAUCCUGGGAGUUUGGAAGACUUGGAUGAUCUGUUGGCAGAUGGUGAUCUGAACGCGAAUGGCAUAAGGUCAAGGUUGGAUGAAGAGAACGUCAACUGGAAGACGUUGUCUAGCAAAGAACAGAAGUCACUCGUGGGCUUGCUGAAAACCUUGGUGACCACUGUUGGUGAAGGAGACUUACAGUUGUCCAAUUCAAGCAUGCAACAUAUCGUGGAGACACUCAUCGCCAAGGUCGCCCUGCUCGAGAUUGAUUUGAAUAAUCAGACGAAGCAGACGACUUCCGCUCUGAAAGAACUCGACGAGUUGAAAGCGUCUUGCGGCAGGGCGGUUUCGGGACUGAAGGAAGCAAAUGAGUGGAUAUCCAACCUGAAACUGAAAAUGGAACGUUCUGAUGCUGAGGUAAAGACUAGGUUGGGGGAAGUAGAGCUGAAGCUGAAGAACGGAUUAGACGCCGAGAUGAAGGACAUUGUGGCCAUUAAACGGAAGACGGAUGAAAUCGAGAAGAUGAACAAAAGAGGGUUGGAGAAACAGAUGGAGGACCUUAGAGCUGAGGUUGCUAGGCGACCUGGCGUCGGGGUGAACCAGACCGUUUUGCGCGAGGGAGACCGAUGUUCUGUGCUGGAUCAACAGGCACUCAUGUUAUACGGCAUGUGGAAACACGUGUACAGGGCACCAGACAAGGGUUCCGUGAAGGUGACGACGGCGACGGCGAGCUCGGUGGGGUGGGGUGGCGUUCCCAGCAGGGCCGUGGACGGCAACAAGAGUCCCCGCUGGGGAAACCGGGGAUGUUCUCACACCAACUCGGAGAUGAACCCCUGGCUGUUGCUGAAGCUGCAAGGAAUUAGCAACAUCACGGGGGUGGAGCUCACCAAUAGAGGAGACUGCUGUGACCGUAGAUUGUCCAACUUCGUGAUUGAAACGUACAUGAACGACCCGACGACUUCACCGGAUGAGGCAGCUACCAAGUGUUUCCACUACACGGGGACGGUCGGCAGAGCGGCUACAGUGCUGAUCAAAUGCAACUUCACCAUUCAGGCUCUGUAUGUCAAGAUCACUAUUGUGAAAAAGACUCCAGCGGUCCUCACGAUCUGCGAGGCAGUUGUCAAAGGUCAGCUGAUCGGCAUUACGAGCGCCAAGCAGGUCAUCCAGAGUUCCAUGGAGUCUGCGCAGACCGCACCGGAAAUGGCAAAUGAUGGGGAUAAAAGUACCUGUUCUCAGACAAUGGCGGAUUCUAUAGACAGCGACCCCUGGUGGCAGAUCGAUCUUGGGAAGAUGGUGGCCGUCCACAUAAUCUACAUCCGCAACAGGAACGACGAGAAAUAUGUGUGGCUGCGCAAUAUGACCGUGACGGUAUACAAAGAAUUCCCGUCAAUCUGUGCCGACGUGACCCCUCACCUUUGUACCACUUACCCAAGCUCCGUAGGUCAAGGUCAAGUGGUGACCAUGACUUGUCAGAAGCCAAUCACCGGCCGGUACUUGAAGAUCAAACUGGGUAGAAACACCAUCGGUGGCGCCCUCUCUCUGUGUGAGGUCUCGGUGAACGACAAGAGUAUGAUUUUCGGGUGACAGUAAUCAGCCCGGCACAGAAACCAAUGUACAGUUUACUCUCGUUCUUCCUCGAAGACAUAGUCAUUACUCCCUACCAAUGAUUCGUUGAUCCGGUUUUACUUUCAUCCGGACGAUUUCAAUGUGAACAUCACCGUUUGGAUUAACGGGGGUUCAAUGUAUUUUUCUAUAAUCUAAUAAAAUGCAUACCACAA